GAACCCGCGGAUUUAUCAAUCUCCUUUUACCUACUCAAAAAGGGGAUACUUUGCUUUCAUCACCUCCCCUUUGAAACCCUAAAUCCCCAAUCUAUCUCCUCCACCACUCAAUCACUCUCCCAUCUCCAAAACCCUAAUUCUUCUUACAUUCAACAAUGGCAAAGAAGCGAAAGCUCAGCGCUAAAUCCGCAGAAACCGCAACCUCUGCGCAACAGAAGAAGCUGCAGAAGAAGACGCAAAACGAAGAAGAACAAGAACAACAACCAGAAGCACAAAAACAACCGGAACAGGAGCCGGAAAAAUUGAAGGCAGUCGAAGCAGAAGAAGAACAACCGCCGCCGAUGGAAGAGGAGGUUGAAGAAGAGGUUGAAGAAGAAGUUGAAGAGGAAGAAGAAGCGAUGUUCGAGGAAGUAGAGGAGGAGGAUGAGGAGGAGGGUGACGAGGAGGAAGGAGAUGAGAUAGAAGAGACUGAAGAAGAACCGAAGCCGAUUGAAGAAGAUCAUACUACUACGCAAGGAUCAUCUGAUGACGAGCCGAUUCCAUUGCUUCUUGAACCUUUCACGAAGGAGCAGUUGAUCAUGAUACUCUGUGAAGCAGCAAUUAAUCACCCUGAUGUGGCGUCUCGUAUACGCAAGGUUGCGGAUGAGGAUACGGUGCAUCGGAAGAUCUUUGUUCAUGGGUUGGGGUGGGAUACGACGGCUGAUACUUUGAGGAGUGCGUUUUCGCAAUACGGUGAGAUCGAGGAUUGUAAAGCGGUGACAGAUAAGAUCUCAGGAAAGUCGAAGGGGUACGGAUUUAUAUUGUUUAAGUCGAGGAGUGGGGCUCGUAAAGCGCUUGAGAUGCCGCAGAAGAGGAUCGGUGGGCGUAUGACGGCCUGUCAGCUUGCUGCGGUGGGGCCUGUGCCUACAUCCUCUAUGGGUACUGCUGCAGUGGUGCAGCCUCAGCAACCUAUGUCGGAAUACACACAGAGAAAGAUUUAUGUGAGCAAUGUUUCUGCUGAUAUUGAUCCGCAUAAGCUGUCUGCAUAUUUUGCCAAGUUUGGGGAGAUUGAGGAAGGGCCAUUGGGGUUGGAUAAACAUACGGGGAAGCCAAAAGGGUUUUGUUUGUUUGUGUACAGGAGUGUUGAGAGUGCCAAGAAGGCCUUGGAAGAGCCGCACAAGCAUUUCGAGGGGCAUGUUUUGCAUUGUCAGCAGGCAAUUGACGGGCCUAAGCCUGGGAAGCAGCAUAUGGGUCAUCAGCCCAGAGGACAGCAUUUUGGGGGAAGGGUUGAUAACCCAAAUUUGGCAGGGGCGAUUGGUGGACCUCCAGCUACUGGUGCAGGAUUGAUGGGGCAGUCCAUUGGAGGCGUUGGGUAUAAUCAGGGACCGGCUGCUCCGGGGUUGAAUCCAGCAUUAGGACAGGCGUUAACAGCUUUGUUGGCUUCGCAAGGGGCAGGGUUAGGGCUGAAUAAUUUGCUUGGGACCCUUGGUGGUGGAAUGGCAGGUGCUCCUGGUGCAUCACAUGGGUAUGGAGCGCCCAAUGUUGGGGUAAAUCCAAGUGUUUUGGGUGGCUAUGGACAGGGUGGGUUACAGGGCGCAUAUCCAAAUCAGCACAUGGGGCAAGGUGGCGCUGGAGGGAGGUCGUCACAGCAUGGGCAUAUGGGUGGUGUUGCACCUUAUGGUGGCCAUUGAGUGUGGCUCUUGCAGACUUGAAGAACUCCCUGGAUUGCAUUUGAUACAGUUAUCUCCCGAAGAGCUGAUGAAAGCUUGUCGAAGUGUUGGGGGUUUUUUGCGAUUUGAAUAUUAUCACAACAGAAUUGUGUUGUCGUAAAUGUUCAAGUAAGUGAUGUCUGCUUUGCAUUUUGUUAUUGUUGGGAAGUGUCUAGAUUGUAACAGGAUGAAUGGGUUGUAAAUUGCUCGAUUUAUUCCUAAUUCUUGCUGAUCUUUACAGGGCUAUCCUCGGAUGUGUUUUUUCUCUAAGCCAUCCGCAAUUGUUUUAAUUGAUUCAUCUUAAGCAGCAAUAAGAGGCCGUAUGUUAACAAUAUGUUAUCCAGUUUGUUGUGCGCCCAUGCGGUUUGCAGUUUGCAUAAUUAUUUUGUUACCAUACGGAUAACCGACUCGUCUUGUAGAGCAAAAUUUAAGUGAAAAAGGAGUAAUUGGUUAUUCAUUUUUGUUAGAACCACUUACCCGAGGAGAUGUACAUGCAACACUUUGUGUGUUUUUACAAGGACAUCCAUUAAGGCAGAGGCCGUAGUUGGUGCGGCAAACAAAAAGAAAUCUCUGCAGCCUUAAAGUCAUUAUGUUGCAUAAGGAACUCCGAACUCCUCUCCUUUAGUUUCUUUUGAAGAACUUAGGGCAAGUGAAUGAUUUAAUCCAUUUUAUAAGUCUUUUGCGUAAAAUACGAGUUUGAAUGUAUGUAUCCAUAAUUUUACGUACUACUUUGUAUGGAGUAUUUAGUAAAGUCAGAAUUGGUGGCUGAAUAAUAUGGGGUUGAUGAAAACAAUCGAGGCAAGGUUGAAAGUUGAAACUGGUUUCCAUCAAUAUGAAUUAUGAAAUAUGGUGAGAUUGAGGAAUGUUGUAUAGACGGCAUUGGAAUGCACUUGAGACGCCCCACAAGAUGAUUUGAUUUAAGGGGCAGGGGCGUAUUAUUAUGAAGUCUUGGGAGGAUAUCAUGAUUAGAGCAAUUCAAUUUGAGUUUGAAAUGGCAAGAAAUCUGGUACUGAUCUCAGAGAAGUUGAUAUCGUUCGUUGCCAAGAUUUGGGGUGAAUUGUUUCGGUUCGAGCCAUCAGGCUAGGCUGUUCAACUGUGCUGGUUUCUUUGUAUACAGAGAUGCUGUAAAAGAGAAUCUCAAUCCUAUUUCAAUGGUCCCUCGUAUCAUGGAUGGUCGAGGUAAUGAGACUUGCAAAAUUGGUUUCUUUUGGUUGUAAUUUUUCAACUUGUAUCAAGAAAAACUCAUCUCAUCUUUGCGAGUAUUGUGACAUUCAUAUAAAACUUUCAUUAAAGUUAAUUAUACGCUUUAUUUUCUUUGAAUUACAAA